AUUGAGCAUGUGGCAGUCCUGCGUUCCCUGAAGCCCUUCCCAGCCCUCCCAUUGGCCCGGGGACUGUGAGAAACUUCAACAAGCCUAAGACUCACACAUUCAUAUGGAGAUUGGGGUGUAUAAAUACAGGACUGCAGCAGUGGAGACAUCAGCACAGACUCCACUGGCUCUUCAGACUGAGCUGAAACGCUCUUAUUCUGCAACGAUGGCACCUACUGCUUAUGGACAAGCAAGCAAGGACCACCUGACUCCUGCUCACAAGCUGAGAAAGCCGAUGGUGGAGAAAUUACGCAGGGAUCGCAUCAACACGAGCAUCGAGCAGCUGAAAUCCCUCCUGGGUCCUGAGUUUCUCAGACAGCACCCGGACUCAAAGCAGGAGAAGGCCGACAUCUUGGAGAUGGCCGUGUCGUAUCUGAGAAGCUGGCAGCAGCAGAAACUGCAGCAGCAGCAGCAGAGCCUCCUGACCUCUGGGCCCAUAACAGCCUGGGAUGGCUACUCCCGCUGUGUUCAGGAGGUCGUCAGCUUCUUGUCCCGCUGUGAGGUCCAGAGUCAGGCCCAUAGACUGCUCCUCAGCCAUUUCCAAGGCCUGCAGGCAUCCAGCAGGAACAGUCCUAGCCCUUGCGGCCCCUCUCCUCCCAGCUCUCCCCUCCAUCAGGUCAGCUCCAGUAAGGGCAUGAGCCCAGCCAGUAGCGCUCUGUGGAGACCCUGGUGAAACAAGGCCUGGGCACCUUCAAACAGAGAGAGAACUACGUCUGUGAACGUCAUGGACAGAAAGUAAGACUCCCUGGAGUCUAAUUUAUUUUACCUUGGCACAAAGUGGCUCUGUGUAGUGAAACUGUCAGUGUUCCUGUGGAAGGACUGAAAACAUUCAGGUUUUACUGAAUAUUUCUGCCAUGUGUGUUCAUAUUGCAGAUCUUCUCAAAAUACUCUGUGAUUAUGUUCUCUGUUCCUGUGAGGAACAUUAAUAGCAAGCUAUUGCUGUAUCGUUUAAACCACAUUGGUUUUAAACUCUUUAAGUGUCUGUGACAUUUGAUUGAAUGAUCUGUGUAUUGAUACUGAGUAUCAAUGAAGUAUAUUUUUCAUCAUCUUCCAGUUGAUGAAGUAUAAACAAGCCAUAAAAUGAUCCGGUGGAUCCAUGUUUACUGUAAUCCUGCUGGGAUUAGAACACUUUUAUUUGUAACCAUUGUUUGGUUUUAUUUGAAUGAGUGUUACUGGAAGUUAUAUUUCCUGUCUACUUAUGAUGUCCAUAAUAGAUGUUUUUCAUCUUCUGCUUAAUACCUUUUAUAAAGGUCUUUAAUUCUAGCUUCAGGCUUUUCUGAAGGAAUUUCUUGUAUUGCUUCUCUAGAGAAGUUUGCCUUUGCAAAUGUACAAAUAUGAAAUAAAUAAACUUCUGAUGAAGUAUUUAACACAAA